CGAGGCUGGAGUCGGCCACUUGACUGGCUCUUUCUGCGGGAUGCUCGUGCUGCGGAUCUUGCUGCUGAGCGCGCCGGCUAGGUGCUGAGGCUUUGGGGAGAGGGCACUGCCGCAGCUGUCUCUCGUGGCCAGCUCCCGCCUGAGCCAGGCGGACGCCUAUGAGAGAAGCACGAGCGCCUCUUGAAUCGGCGGGCGGGCAUCGUCUUCUCCUGCUAGGGCAGGAGCCUUCGAAGCAGAUGGACCCUCAGCUGCAGGAGGGAACACGCGUGUGGCUGCAGGAGCAAGACCGGUUGCAGCCCUGUACUGUUGGCCCUUGUGUUGAUGGCUCCGUGCGCUUCACUUCAGACUAUGGUGAGGUAUUCUGCUACCCAUGGGCCUCUGUACCCAGAGAGAAGAUCCUGCCAAUGCAUCAGUUGAGUAUGGAAGGGGUGGAGGACAUGUCCCUGCUGGGGGACCUGCAUGAGGCUGCCAUCUUGCUCAAUCUACACCAACGCUACCAGCAGGACCACAUCUAUACAAACAUUGGUUCCAUCCUGGUCUCUGUGAAUCCCUACAAGCCCAUCGCUGGCCUGUAUGAUGCUGCUGCCAUUGAUCUGUACCGACAGCAUUGCCUGGGUGAGCUGCCACCCCACAUCUUUGCCACAGCCAGCGAGUGCUACAGCUGCCUGUGGAGGCGCCAUGACAGUCAGUGUGUCCUCAUCAGUGGAGAAAGUGGAGCUGGAAAGACGGAGAGCACCAAAUUGCUGCUGAAGUUCCUGUCAGCCAUUAGCCAGACCUCACUGGGUUGUCCUGCAUCAGAGAAGAGCACGCAUGUGGAGGAGGCCAUCAUGGAGAGCAGCCCAAUAUUGGAAGCUUUUGGAAAUGCCAAGACAGUCUACAACAACAAUUCUAGCCGCUUUGGCAAGUUCAUCCAGCUGCACUUUUCCCAACAUGGGCAUAUCCAGGGUGGGAGAGUCACUGACUAUUUAUUAGAGAAGAACAGAGUUGUUCACCAGAACCCAGGAGAACGUAAUUAUCAUAUCUUCUAUGCCUUGUUAGCUGGUGUCAGCAGGGAACAAAAAGAUGCCCUGGUCCUGCUGGAGCCCAAGAGCUAUCGUUACCUAAACCAGUCUGGCUGCGUAACCAAUGAGAACCUGGAUGACAGUGACAUGUUCAGCAAGGUCAUGGCUGCUCUUGAAGUGAUGGGAUUCAGUUCUGAAGAGAUCAGAGACAUGUUCAAGCUUUUGUCUGGCAUUCUGCAACUUGGAAACAUUGAAUUUAUGACAGCUGGAGGAGCUCAGAUUACAACAAAAACUGUGCUGAAUAAUGUCAGUGAGCUGCUUGGCUUGGAUGCCUUCCAGUUGUCUGAGGUGCUCACCCAGAGAUCCAUGUUUCUACGGGGGGAGGAGAUCAGCUCUCCCCUCACUGUGGAACAGGCUGCUGACUCCAGAGACUCCCUCGCCAUGGCCCUUUAUUCCCAGUGCUUCUCGUGGAUCAUUGGCAAGAUUAACUCCAAGAUAAAAGGGAAGGAAAACUUCAAGUCUGUGGGAAUCCUGGAUAUCUUUGGGUUUGAGAAUUUCCAGGUGAAUCGUUUUGAGCAGUUUAAUAUUAACUAUGCAAAUGAGAAGCUCCAGGAGUACUUCAACAAACACAUAUUCUCCCUGGAGCAGCUUGAAUACAACAGAGAGGGGAUAAGCUGGGAAGCCAUUGACUGGAUGGACAAUGCAGAGUGCCUGGAUCUUAUUGAGAAGAAACUUGGCUUGCUAGCAUUGGUUAAUGAAGAAAGUAGAUUUCCCAAAGGCACAGACAGUACCCUUUUGGAAAAGCUCCAUAGCCAGCAUGGGAACAACCAGUAUUACAUGAAGCCUCGAGUGACAGAUUUUCAGUUUGGAAUCCAACACUAUGCUGGAGAGGUCUUCUAUGAUGUGAGGGGAUUUCUGGAAAAAAACAGGGACACCUUUCGAGACGAUAUAUUAAACAUGCUAAAAGACAGCAGGCUGGAUUUCAUCUAUGACCUCUUUGAAAGAGUUUCUAGCUGCAGCAGUGAAGACACUCUGAAGAUGGGAACUCAGAGGCGCAGGCCAACUGUCAGCUCCCAGUUCAGGGACUCCCUACACUCCUUGAUGGCCACGCUCAGCACUUGCAACCCACUAUUCAUUCGCUGUAUCAAACCCAACCUGGAAAAGGCUCCAAAUCUCUUCAGUCCAGAUGUGGUGCUGAAACAACUGAGAUACUCAGGCAUGCUGGAGACAGUAAAGGUUCGAAGAGCUGGCUUUCCUGUACGGCGGCUCUUUCAAGAUUUCCUCCUCAGGUACAAGAUGCUUCUGAAGAACUGGAGCAAUCCAGGCAGUGCAAAGGCCACUUGUGCAGGCUUCCUGCAGACAUAUGAGAGCAACCAGAGAGAAUGGAAGCUGGGGAAAACCAAGGUUUUCCUGAAGGAGGCACUGGAGCAAAAACUGGAGAAGGCCCGGGAAGAGGAGCUGAGGAAGGCGGCGACCAUCAUCCGAGCCCACGUCCUGGGCUACAUGGCAAGGAAGAGGUAUCGAAGGGUGCUAGCCAGUGUUGUGAUCAUCCAGAAGAACUACCGUGCUCACUUCUGGAAGAAGUCCCACCUGCGCCUGAAGGCCGCUGCCAUUGUCCUUCAGAAGCACUGGCGGGGACAGCUGGGUCGCAGCCUCUUUCGGCACCUGCUAGAGGAAGAACGGAGGCAGAAACAGGAAGCUGAGGAGCAGAGGCGGCGAGAGGAAGAGCGGAUUAGAAAGGAGGAAGAGGAAAGACAAUGGCAAGAAGAGAGGGAGCAUAGGAGGAAGCAGGAGGAGGAGAAAAGAGAAAAAGAGCAGCUGGCAGCAGCACUGCAGAUGGCUCAGAUGGAGGUGCUAAGGACCCAGGAGGAGGGCCAGCCCUUGCAGGAAGACGAGCGCCAUCAGAUGGAGGAGAUUUUGCGACUGGAAAGGGAGAUUGAGAAGCUGCAGUGGCAGCAGAAGGCAGACCACAUUUCCAUCACCUGUGAAAACACCAAGAACGAGAUAAAGCGGCAGCGGGAAGAGGAGAUACAGAGGCUAGAGAAGGAAGCGUCCAGGGUUGCGCAGGAAUUUUUGGAGCUGCUGGAUUUUGGGAACUUGGAUGAGAGUGUGCAAGGCUUAGAGCACUCCCUUUCCAAUGAAGGAACCCUCAACAUUGAAUGCAGCCUUGUGGCUCCCCUGGCUGAGGAAGAAGAAGAUGAAGGCUUUCCUGCUGAUGACGAGGGUCCACCAAUUCCCAGCCCAAACCUCUUGAACCAGGAUAGUAGCACUAGAACCAGUGAUAACUAUUACUCUGAGGAAGAUGCUUCUCCAAAUAUGCCACCGUCUGGGAAGGGAGAGGAAGGGGGAUCCAACUCUCUGGAUCUUUCUACAGAGAGACCUGCAAGUCCUCAGAAGCAGCACAUGGAAAGCAUCUACCACACAGUCUCAGGAAUCCUGCAGAAUGACAGCGGGGAGGUGGAAGAUCCGAUUUACAGCUUGCCUCCAGAUGUGGAGUCGGACUAUGACCAUGAUGAAUUUGAUGGCAGCGGAGAGGUCAGCAGCACAUCAGCUGAGCCCCUGAACGGGCAGGGGGCCUUGCACAAUUCUCACAGCAAUGGGGUGGACUCCAACCGUGGGAGCUUGGACUCGUUUCUAGAUAGCGAGGAUGAAGGGGAUGCUUAUAUGGACACAGAUGAAGAAUUCUGCAGCACCCGAGUCACUGUUCUCAAUGGGUUGGGCCCAGCCUAUUUUCACAGCUAUCUCUACAUGAAGGGGGGCCUGAUGAAUCCCUGGAGACGACGCUGGUGUGUCCUGAAGAAUGAGGCCUUCAUGUGGUUUCGAGCCAAACAAGAAGCCUUGAAGUCAGGCUGGCUUUACAAGAAGGGAGGGGGCAUGUCCACACUGUCUCGCCGGAAUUGGAAACGGCGUUGGUUUGUGCUGAGAGAGGCCAAGCUGAUGUACUUUGAGAAUGACAGUGAAGAGAAGCUGAAAGGGACAAUUGACAUCAGGAAGGCCAAGGAAAUUGUGGAUAUUCAUGAGAAAGAGAAUGCCCUUGAUAUCGUGACAAGUGACCGAGUUUACCAUAUUGUGGCAGAAUCACCAGAGGAUGCCAGUGACUGGUUUAACGUCCUGAGCCGUGUGCACAGUGCUACAGAGCAACAGCUGAGAGAGAUGCAGGAUGAGCAAGCCAACCCAAAGAAUGCUGUGGGAACCCUGGAUGUGGGGCUCAUAGACUCAGUCUGUGCUUCUGACAAUCCUGACAGGCCAAAUUCCUUUGUGAUCAUCACAGCAAAUAGAGUUAUUCACUGCAACAGUGGCAUCCCUGAGGAAAUGCACCACUGGAUCUCUCUCCUGCAGAAGCCCAAAGGUGAAUCCAGGGUUGAUGGACAGGAGUUUCUUGUGAGAGGCUGGCUUCAUAAGGAGGUCCAGAGCAGCAGCAAAACAUCUUCCUUGAAGGUGAAGAAACGCUGGUUUGUGUUGACUAACACUGCCCUUGACUACUAUAAAUCUUCAGAGCGCACUGCCACCAAGCUUGGGACCCUGGUACUCAACAGCCUCUGCUCAGUGGUCCAACCUGAUGAAAGGGUCUUCAAAGAAACAGGCUACUGGAACAUCACUGUGCAUGGCAGAAAACACUCGUACCGCCUCUACACAAAAUUAUUGAAUGAAGCCAUGCGCUGGGUCUCUGCCAUCCAAGGAGUCAUCGACAGCAAGGUUCCCAUUGAAACACCCACACAACAACUUAUUCGUGACAUUAGAGAAAACAGCAUGAACUCUGAAGUGGUAGAACAGACUUACCGGAGGAAUCCCAUCCUGAGAUACACCCAGCAUCCCUUACAUUCCCCACUGCUACCCCUGCCCUAUGGGGAUGUUGGGGUUAACUUGCAGCAAGAGAAAGGCUACAGCAGCCUCCAGGAUGAAGCCAUGAAGAUCUUUAACUCUCUUCAGGAGAUUGAGACAGCGUCUGACCCCAUCCCCAUUAUCCAGGGCAUUCUGCAAACCUGCCAUGAUCUCCGGCCCCUCCGUGACGAGGUGUAUUGUCAGCUGAUCAAGCAGACAAACCAUGUGCCACAGCCCAGUAGCCCUGGAAACCUUCACCAUUGGCAGCUGAUGACCUGUAUGAGUUGCACCUUCCUGCCCAGCAGAGGAAUCCUCCGUUACCUCAAGUUCCACCUGAGAAGAGUAAAAGAUCUCUUCCCGGGCACAGAAAUAGAUCGGUAUUCUCAGUUCAUCACUGAUUCACUGAAGAGAACCAAGAGCAGGGAGUUUGUCCCCUCCCAGGAGGAGAUACAGGCCCUCAUCACUCGGGAGGAAAUGACCACCACAGUCUACUGCCACGGAGGGGGUUCCUGUCAAAUCACCAUCAAUUCUCAUACCAGUGCCGGAGAGGUUGUAGAGAAGCUGAUCCGAGGGCUGGCCAUGGAAGACAGCCGGAACAUGUUUGCACUGUUUGAACGCAACAAACAUGUGGACAAGGCCAUUGAGAGUCGGGUGAUCGUAGCUGAUGUUCUGGCCAAAUUUGAGAGACUUGCCGGGUCCAUGGAAGAGGAGGAGGAGGAGGAUGGACACUGGCAGCUGUAUUUUAAAUUGUAUUGUUUCUUGGAUGUUGAAAAUGUUCCCAAGGAAGGAGUAGAAUAUGCUUUCAUGUUUGAGCAGGCUCAUGAAAGUCUCAUUGAUGGCCAUUUCCCCGGCCCAGAGGAGACACUGCAGCACUUGGCUGCUCUGAGGCUGCAGUACCUUUAUGGGGACUAUUCCAAAAUCUCCUGGUCCCUUGACAACACCUAUCCAGUGAACAGGCUGAAGUCCAAAAUCCUGCAGUCAAUGAAGAGCAGCGGCCCCAGCAGCCAUGCUCUGGAGAGAAGGCGGACCAGCUUCCUGGAGGGCACUCUGAAGCGUAGCUUCAAGGCUGGCUCAGUGAAGAAGCAAAGGGUGGAAGAGGAACAGAUGAUGGAGAUGUGGGUGAAAGAGGAGCUGUCGGCAGCUCGGGCCAGCAUAACAGAAAAGUGGAGUAAACUGCAGGGGCUGCUUCAACAGCAAGCCAUGGUGGCCUAUAUGAACAUCAUGAAGGAAUGGUCAGGCUAUGGCUCCACUCUCUUUGAUGUUGAGUGUAAAGAAGGUGGCUUUCCAAAUGACCUCUGGCUUAGUGUCAGCACAGAGAAUGUGUCGGUGUACAAACGGGGGGACCCCAAACCGCUGGAAACGUUCCAAUAUGAGCACAUUGUCUUCUUUGGGGCUCCCCAGCCCAAUACCUUCAAGCUGACAGUGGAUGAGAGAGAGAUGUACUUUGAAACCCCCCAGGUGGGAGAGAUUAUUAAAAUCAUGAAAGCCUACAUCAACAUGAUUGUGAAGAAAUGCUGUAGCGUCAAAUCGGCCACCAGCCUGGACAGCCGUGCAAGUAUCUGGACAAGGUGAUGAGGCCUGUAAAGCUAACCUGAGCCCUUGAGAAAGAUACAUGAUGCAUCCCAGCCAGAUCUGUAGCAAAAAUCCUUUUUGUAAGAAGAAUCCUCCCCCCCCAACUUAAUUGCCUGAGAGAAGCAAAAAGGGACUGAUGCUGAGCGCCCACAGCGACAGGGUUUGCUCCUUAACCAAAACCACCACCAAGACUAUGGCUAGCUACUCUUGGCAGCUUGUGUCCAGGCUUCCUCUGCCUCACUUUUGUAGCAAAGACCUUAUUGCAGAGGUAAAGUGAGAUCACCAGGAGCAAAUGAUGUGGAAGAUCUUUUGUGCAAUAAAAGCAGCAGGAAGAGGAGAGAGAGUGAGUCAGUCUAAGGCGGUGCUGUGAUGCACCACACUGUUUCUGCGUUGGUCCAUCUACACAAGACGUAAGAGGCUCUCUUAAUGACAGCCAAGCUCUCCAGUGGCAAAGACUAAAUUGCUCCAUUUUGGGGGCAAUGUUCCCUCAGGGAUGAGCUGCUACUACUGAACAGACUUGUAUUGGAGGAUUGUGUUGUCAGUAUUACCAUCCCCAGGGAUUAAUGGCUUUCAAACCGCACAGAAUUUCCAAAGCUGCUACUGCUAAGAGGCCACUUCCUCUUUGCUAUUAGUGGAGAUCUCUCCAGAGGCUUCUGGCAGCUGCAGCAGGAGCUUUAAGGAAAACACCAGCUAUCGCAAGGCCGGGUUUGAAACGACAUGGGCUUCCUUGGGUGCCGUUCUUCCAAGCCCUUUGCAGAGGAGCAAUUUCUCAUGGUGCAUGUUAGGAGCAAUUGCUACUGAAUAGUAUAAAAAUCCAUUUAUCUAAUUAGACCAAGGAGUGAGAGUUGUGGACAGAUUUAUGUGUAUCUACUUGCAAGGAGGACCAUCCUCUUUCCCCGAUUGCUGUUACGCUGCUCUCACCCACCCCCACCAUCCUUCCUUCCUGGAGUCUGGGCUGCUUUUCUCUCGUUGUCCUUGUCUAUAAGCGGUUUUUUCUGCAUGGCUGCUCUCACACCCGAGACACAUGAAGCAUUGUGAGGCAGCUGAGGAACUAGAUAACUUUUAUGAAGGUAAAAGGAGCAAACUGGCUGGUAAGGCAGCAGAGAAUAAAAACUAGAGUUAAGGGAAUUGAAAACACAGAAGCUAGAAGGCAUGCCCUGUGCUAGGUCAGGCAGGGAAGGAACUGAGGGAAGAGGCAGAGCUGACUGUAAAACUUUGCAUCACGUCUCCCACCUGCGUGCCAGCCAGGGAAGAAUGGUUUCCUUCUCUGAGCUGCUGAAGCUCUAAAGCAGGAAUGAGGAAUCUGUGGCCCUCCAGCUGUUCCUGGACUGCACCAUCCCUGACCAUUGGCUAUGGUGCCUGGGGCUGAUGGGAGUUGGUGCAACAGCUGGAGGGGUGCACCCACCCCUGCCCUAGGAUGUUUUUUAUGUGGCUCAAACCUCACGAGGGAAAGUAGCACAUUUGUCCAUUGUGGUUGGCUUUAGGACACCCAUGUAAAGAAGCCCACAAAAGUAACUGGCGUGCUGUGGGAUGGCUCAUGAGGGAAGAUCUCCACCCCUCUUCCAGCAGCCCUCUGUAUUUCUCUGAUGGGUGCGAAGGAGGGGACUUCCCUCCUCUGGCAGGGAAUUGGGUUUCUGUGCUGGAGAUAGAGGUGGUCUGGCCUUAGCCAGCACACAUACUCACCUACAUAAAACUGCACUCAUUUGCCUGCUUACAAUUCCUUGUUGCCUGAGACAGGUGCUUAAAUACAAAGCUGCUUUAGGAUCCAAGCCCCAGAGAAAUUAUUUAUAUUCUGCACUAAAAAUAAAAAUUCUUCAGUAACAGAAUCCCAAUUUUCUCCCAAGAGAAAACAAUCUGAAACUUGUAUACAAUUUAUGCAAAAUAAGCUUAUUCUGCUUCCGCUAGCAAUAGAAAAAGUGUAAAGAGGUAGGUGAAGUAUUAAAAUUCAGUUGCCAAACUACUGAAAUCUUGCAAAGCCCACCUCCAGCUUUCUAAGGUGUCUAGCCAUUGCACGGGUAUUUUUCAGCAUCCUGGCAUAGCCUUAAGGGCUAGGAACUUGCUUCAGAAAAAAAUUACAACUGAGGUGCUCAGGAUCCUGAAUUCUGGGUCUGCUACCCAUUUCUGCUUGCGUGUAAUCUGAGUAGAAUAUAUUGAGCCUUGCCUUUCUGUCUGAGCACAAAGGCAUUACUUUCCCCUAAUCCAGCCAAACUUGAGUAUUCGCACUUUCUUAUCUAGGAAAACCAAGCUGCCAUCCUUUCUGACCUUCUACCCGGCAAGGUUGGGUUUCAAAUAUCUCUUCCAGCCCACUCCUGGCAAAACCCAAAGAAUCUGGAAAUUGUCCUCUACAAAGGAUUUUCCAAUCAGGGAUUUCACCUCGCACACUCCCAUCCCUUUGUCACUGGGAAUGCAAAUAAAAUAAGAGUCACACCUGUCUGAAGAAGCCAUCUAGUGACAUAAUCCUAGUAACUUUUUAUUGAAAUACAAUAGGCAAUGCCACAGCUAAGGGUUUAGCAUCCACUUCUUUUUGUGUGUGUCAGGUACAAGUCCCACCCAACUUUCCUGUGCAUGUUAUAUAGUUACAUCAGCCAGGCUGGACAUAAACAUCACAUCUCACUUUUCUGACUGGGAAAGAUUGCCUUAAAAAAACCAAACUGAGUCACAUCCAGUGUUUCCCCCCCCCCUUGCAUUCACCAGGUAAUGAAGUGGAACAGAGAAGAUAGAUGGACUUGAUCUUGCUUAUUUGGUCUGAUACACUGAGUAGAAUGUUCUUAGUGCCCCCCCCUCCCCAGUCUUUGACCCUGAACUACCACCCUGUCCUGGCUCAUGGGUUGCUGCAGGCAGCUUAAACCCAAUUAGGAAUAUAACUGCCCAUUAAUUCUACUGCAGAUUUCCUUCUACUCUUUUUGUUUGUUUAAUUUGUAACUGGCUUUACAAGAUGGAGGUUUAAUAAAUUAUUGGAUUGCAUCAGUUUUCUUCAGUUUCUCACAGGCUUGGUUUGCCCUACAACGAGGCUUCUAUGUGAAAUUCUUCU